AUUUGUGAUUACUAGAUAAAAAAAAAAAAAGAUUAUAUAGAUGUUAUUGGCUGUUAUUUAUCUCAGGCACCAAUGCGUUGAGACGACAGAUUGUAACGUUUACAUAUUUUAGCGUAGAACUGUUUUUACUGAACAAUUAUAUUUGAAUCCUUUAUCGUUUGCUGCACAAAACGAACAUACACGUUUCCUGUCAAAAUACAAGUCCGGAUUUAAAGUCUUAAGAGCACCAGAUGCGUUAUCCUUACAAUAUGAGUCAUUAUAUUUUCCGGUGGACGUGUCGCAUGCACGAAUUAAAACGAAUGCUUAAUAUAAUGCCUAAACAAGACAUAAUUCAUUUAGAAAUGUGCUUAAAAUGUUGUCGCAUAUUUUUUUAAAGAAUGUUCAAUUCAUUUAUUGAAACUAUGUAUUUUAGUCUAAUCAGUGACUGACAGCUUUAAUAGAGGUAGCACACAGAAAGUUAAAACUGUUGAGGUUUUUGUAGAAACUCGUGUAAUAUGAUAAACCUUGCAUUCAAGAAUUAAUAAUAAAUGUAAUAGUAAUAUGAAAUGCUGUUGUUUUUUUUCCGAUAAACCACAUCAUCUGGUGUGAGAGAGGAAGCGUAAGCAUCAUCUCAACUAUGACAAAACAUCACAUGCGGAACAACUUCUCGGCUAUAAGCAUCUCGACACAGCAUCAAAUCAUUUGGCAGAACGCCUGGCAACCGUUAAACUAGUCUUUUCGUUAAAGAAAAAAUAUCUGAUUUCAGUUUAUAGAUUGAGAUAUUGCCGGAGUGCCUUUCUGGGGGGACUGAUGGCUGAUAGCUGCAGACCAUGUGCUGUUAUAUGCGCUGUAUUUCUGCUGUCCUCCGUCAUGGGAUACAGACCAGUAAUUAUUGUGCACGGAAUAUUAGAUGGACCCAGACAGUUUGACCUUUUGGCUGAAUUUAUCAAUCAGUCUCAUCCAGGUACCAAUGUGACCACACUAGCCAUUUAUGACUACUUGGCAAGUAUGAAGCCACUUUGGCAACAGGUAGAUGGAUUCAGAGAGGCCAUCAGACCCAUCAUGGAGAGCGCUGUUGAUGGUGUCCAUCUCAUCUGCUUCUCACAAGGUGGAUUGAUAUGUCGAGGAGUUCUUGCAACCCUGCCGACGCACAAUGUUCAUUCUCUGAUAUUCCUGUCUUCACCACUAGCCGGACAAUAUGGAGAUACAUCAUAUUUGGAAAAAUUUUGCCCUCAAUUUAUCAAGUCAAGACUGUACCAUUUAUGUUACACUACAUGGGGACAAAAGAUAGCUAUCUGCAACUACUGGAACGAUCCACACCAAAGAGAGAGAUACUUAAAGAGCAGCAUCUAUCUCGCCCCACUCAAUGGAGAAAUAGAGCACGCCAACUCAACAGCGUGGCGAGACAGCUUCCUGCGCAUACAGACGCUGGUGCUCAUUGGUGGACAAAAUGAUGGCGUUAUUACACCAUGGGAGUCAAGCAUUUUUGGGUUUUAUAACAGUAAUGAAACUGUGGUUGAGAUGGAAAAGCAGGAUUGGUAUAUAAGAGAUGCUUUUGGCUUGAAAACACUGAACUCAGAAGGAGCCGUGGUCAAGUGUGUCGUCCCUGGUGUACCCCAUACAUCCUGGCAUUCAAACCUCACAGUCUACAAGAACUGCAUAGAUAAGUGGCUCACCUAAUCUAAAGGAGAUUGAAAAAAGGAAAUUUGUUACAUGCAUAUGCACAAUCCUCAAUGUAAUCAUAUCUCAUGUAAAUUAUGAUUGUAUACUUAUUAAUCACCUGAGAUCUUUUAUUUUUUGAUGGCUUAAUGUGAUAAAUUAUUAUGAUGGUUUUCUAAUAUGCAGUUUUCUAGCUAUUUUCUAUUUAUGUCAAAUCAGUUUGAAUAUUGUAAGAAAGCUAUUCUGUCCUGUCACUAGAGAUAAUACAAGUCCAAUGUUCAAUUUUAAUGAAAUAAAUUCUAAUGAAAUGUUAAAUCGUUAUUAAAAAAAGAUCAUUGCAAAAAUGUGUUUGUCAA